UGGCGGAGGGGGAAGAGAGUCCUCAUUUGAGCUUUGUCUGUAACAACAUUCCUUUCCGUAGCUUGUAUGUCCGCAACAUAACACCUGCGGCGGUAACAUUGCUAACGGUAUCGUAUUAGCGCUAUUAAUAUAACAGUACCGAGUAGAUAUAUUGAAAAUGCUUCAGUCUCUAGCCAGCAAUUCGUGUGUGCGGUUGAUACAGAGUCACAAAUCGACGUGGUAUUUUGCAUCUCUGGUGUUGGGGUACCUCCUGUAUCUCGUGUUCGGGGCUGUUGUCUUCUCUUCGGUCGAGCUGCCUUACGAAGACCUCCUGCGCCAGGAGCUGCGGGCCGUGAAGAAGCAGUUCCUCCAGGAAAACGAAUGUCUGUCCGAGGAGCGUCUCGAGCGCUUUCUAAAGAAAGCCCUGGAGGCCAGUAAUUACGGGGUUUCCAUCCUCAAUAACGCCUCGGCUAACUGGAACUGGGACUUCACCUCCGCGCUGUUUUUUGCGAGCACCGUGCUGUCCACCACAGGAUAUGGUCACACAGCGCCGCUCUCCGAUGGCGGGAAGGCCUUCUGCAUUAUCUACUCGGUGAUCGGCAUCCCCUUCACCCUCCUCUUCCUCACCGCUGUGGUGCAAAGGAUCAUGGUGUUCAGCACACGGAGGCCGAUCAUGUACAUCCACAUGCACUGGGGUCUGUCCAAGCCGCUGGUGGCCAUCAUUCACGCCACUCUGCUCGCCAUGUUGGCCGUCUCGUGCUUCUUUCUCAUCCCCGCCGCCAUCUUCUCAGCACUGGAAGAGAACUGGAACUUCCUGGAGUCCUUUUACUUCUGCUUCAUUUCCCUCAGCACCAUUGGCCUUGGAGACUACGUACCUGGAGAGGCUGUGAAUCAGAAGUUCAGGGAGCUCUACAAAUUGGGCAUCACUGUCUACCUGAUCCUGGGUCUGAUAGUCAUGCUGGUGGUGCUGGAGACCUUCUGCGAGCUGCAGCAACUGAAGCAGCUGAGGAAGAUGUUCUACCUGAAGAAGGAGAAGCCGCAGGACCGCCUCGCCAUUUUGGAGCACGACCACCUGUCCUUCACUACUGUGUCCAAAAGAGCCACCGCCCACAAUGAGGACAAAACCCAUCCGUUUGUCAGUGUCUCAACGCUGGUCUCUCCCAACGAUGACCCCAUGAUCCAGUAAAGACCGACGGAGCAAACACCUAUUGAAGGAUGAAAAUGUGAAAGUAGGGGUUAAUGCACGCAAGACUAUAAAUAGGUAGGAUGAGUAGAUCUUAAGUCUCAGCUGUAGGCAUUCUGCAAAGCUCAACCCUGCAAAUUUUAAGAGUUAAAAUAGUUGGAACUAUUCAGAUCAAGCAAACAAUCUUGUUUACCAAACCACAAUCCUAUUAAUAUAGUGCUAUUCAGCAGAGAUUCAGUUUAUGUUCAUUAAUAAGAGAGAAAAUUAAUGUUUUAACAGUGACCAUAAAGACAAAGCCUUCUGCUGUAUUUAUGACUCACAGGAGCUAAGCUCCUUUAUGAGCUGGAUUAUUUAUUGCAUAUUUAGGAACAUUUUAGAAAGUAAUUGGCCUCUUGCUGAUCUAGCUGAAAUAUAGGACAAUUUUCUGUCGUCUGUCACAAAAUAGUACAUAUACAGUACACGUAUGUAUCUUAUCUUAAAUAGAGAUGCUUGACAGGUACGUGGAAUGUACAUAAUCAGGUAAAUGUUUUAAGAUGUACAGUAUAGUGCCAUCUAGAAUGAACACACCUAUUAAAGAUGAGCCAAAGUGGAGCCAAAACAUAAAAACAACUCAAGUAAUUAUCAUUAUUUUAGUUCAGAGCUGGCUUACAUCAUUUUUUUUUUUUUGGAUGGAGCUUUGACAGGAAGUUUUGUAAUGCACCAUGACGAGCUUUCUGGCAGUGCUUGUUGCACACUGAACAAAGUUUGUUGGUGGGUACUCUGAAACGCUUCAUUGGAUUCUUUUCAAUUGGACCGGCUCGUAUUGAUUUUUUAAAAAUGUUUUUGAAAGUUUCAGGGGCCUGUUUUUCCAUUUCUAAUGCGGGUCAUGUGGGUUGACUGAGAGAGAGGUUUCAGUUUUCAGAUCCUGAGACAAUACAUUUCAUGAACAACAGGUGGGAUGAGCUCAGAAGACCAUGAAAGUUUGCAAAACAACAGGCAUUGUUUAAGAAACUGCCAAGGAGAGACUAUUUACUCUACAUGUAACAACACAGUUUCACAGUCUAUGUUUUGUAGCAUCGUUGGCUCAUCUUUAUAAAGGUCAUAAGUAUUCUGGUUGCACUCCACAUCUUCAUAUUUCAUUGUGAGGGCAUAUUUGUGUGCAGAUGUGUGUAUUUUCUUAACAUGUUGCAGUGGUAUUUCAAAUUGUCCAUGUGUGAUGAAAAGCACAAUAACUUAUUGAUUUGUCUGAAUGGCUUAAUGUGUGCUGGACUGUGUGAAAAGGGAAGUGAGGUUAGCCUAGCUUAAAAAGGGAACCACAGAGGGCCGGCCCGUUGCAUUUUACUGUCAAUACAGAGAGCUCAGUUUGCACAUGUACUGGCGCCGGGCAGUAGUACAGAAAAAGUACAGUUUUUUUAUCUGAAAGAGAAACAUUUCAUCAAAGAUUUCAAAACACCAGAUAUUUUUAAUGGAGAAAUAAUACUUUUAUUGUGGAUGAUCUGUAAAGGCUUGAUAAUUGCUCUAAGGAAGAAAAGAGCAAGAUGUUGAACAGAAACUACUUUACUGUAUUUACAUCAUUUGAAUGUAGAAAUGUAUAUUUUUCAAUAUGGAAGGAAGGUUUACAAAAUUUUCUUAGUAAUUAAUGGACUUAAUUCUAUACUAGAAAUGGUACAUUAGGGAAACUUCAAAAGCAGCAGGAGUGCAGCUAAAACGUCCCCGUACUUGCCACAUCCGUUUUUAAUCUGCUCAUCAGCCAUUGAUAACUUUCCAUGAAUGGAAUUUAAACCGGUCGAUAUGCACUUGCAAGUUUGUAUGACAGCACUCCUCUGUGUCUUUUUUGGGGGUUCUUGUAUCUGGAGAAAAAAAUCGCUAUAACAGAAUUACUCAUUUCUUGUUGUUAUCCGUCCUCGAAUAUUCUGUUUGGCACUAAUAGACGACCACACAUACAGUGUAGCAUACUGCUGUAAUGCAGACUUGUUCGUCAUUUAUACUUUUUAGUGCAUUUAAAAUAAUUUAACUUUGUCUCGUUCUCUGUAUGAAGUUGUGACCUCAUCUUUCUCUGCUACAUCGCCACAUCAAGACACAGUCGCAGCCUUUUAUGAAGUCUUGAAUGUAAUGUUUUUUAAUGCUGUUUGCUGCAGUGAGAUUCGAGGCCUGACCCCAGUGCUGCCUAGCUGCUCUGCUGGUUAGUUUAGCAGCAACAAGUCCAUUUGAUACCUGUGUACAGGUGAGCUGUGGCAAAGUGUCAUGACCGUAUGCAAAAAUGAGCUUUGGCUGUGUCAUCAUCUGAGUUACUCACUGAUCUUCUAUAUUGUAUUUAAUAGACCAGUGUAGAUCGUAUUUCAUGUUUUUCCCGCCGCUCUAGGCCUUCAUGUAAACUGUGAAGCAUUGAUACUGUUCAUAUUGUCUGCUGAGAAAAAGGGAGCACUUGAAUUUUGCCAAGCUUGGGUUUCUCUUUUACUGUGAGAUGUUUCACCGUUUCGUAGAUACAUAAAACAGACUGAUGUCAAGGCUUCGACCCUUCAGCGUUAAUGUUUCCGGCUGUGCUUGUCAGGCACAUGCAGUUUGUCUUGAAGGUGAGAGCUGUCAGGUGAAGUAGUUCUAGUUCUGUUCAGGGAGUAAACAUUGUGUCAAGGAUUACAAAUGGAAGCACACUGACAUUAUUUAUUUACGCUGACAGAAGUAACACAUUUGGAAUAUUUGGAGCAAUUGAUUUCUGUACAUAUGUCUUCAGUUGUUUUGGUGUGUGCUGUGGAUUCAUAUGCACCGUUGAGUAUUUUAGCGUUACAGUAACAAUAGUGUAAUACAGGAUUGCCUUGGAACACCAAGGUUUCAUGUAAAAGAAAUUUCAACGUAAGUGAAUCCAUGAACUGUAAGAUAUCAGUGUGUCUUAAAUAAAGUUGUGGGUUUAUUAUUA